AUGAACGCCAAGGCGGGACCCUCGGAGGUGUGGGGGACGCUCGUGCUGCUGUGCCUGGGUGCUGUGACCCUCACCUGCCUCCUGGGGCUGGGGUCCUCCCCUUCCGCCUGGAGCCGGAGCUGCCUUGAAGAAGGGCCUGCCAGGCCUGGGGGCCUUGGCUCCCCUGUGGACUGGGAUCCUCCAGGAGGGGAGGCCUGGCGGCGGCAUCAACAGAACGACUCCUGCCGGCUCGUCCUCGUGGAGAGCAUCCCCCAGGACCUGUGGCCUGCGGCGGGCAGCCCGGCCGCCCAGCCCCUGGCCCAGGCCUGGAUGCAGCUGUUGGACGCCGCCCGAGAGAGCGUCCACGUGGCCUCCUUCUACUGGUCCCUCACGGGGCCCGACAUCGGGGUCAACGACUCGUCUUCCCGGCCGGGCGAGGCCCUCCUGCAAAAGCUGCAGCAGCUGCUGGACAGAAACGUGUCCCUAGCUGUGGCCACCAGCACGCCGACCCCGGCCAAGAACUCCACUGAUUUGCAGGUCCUGGAAACCCGAGGCGCCCAGGUGCGACGUGUGCCCAUGGGAAGGCUCACUGGCGGCGUUCUGCACUCCAAGUUCUGGGUGGUGGACGGGCAGCACGUCUAUGUGGGCAGUGCCAACAUGGACUGGCGGUCCCUGACACAGGUGAAGGAGCUCGGGGCCGUCAUCUACAACUGCAGCCAACUGGCCCAGGACCUGGAGAAGACCUUCCAGACCUACUGGGUACUGGGGGCACCCAGGGCCGUCCUCCCCAAGCCCUGGCCUUGGAACUUCUCCUCCCACAUCAACCGCUUCCAGCCGCUCCGGGAUUGCUUUGACGGGGUGCCCACCACUGCCUACUUCUCGGCGUCGCCGCCUGCUCUCUGCCCCCACGGCCGCACCCGCGACCUGGAUGCGCUGCUCGCAGUCAUGGGGGCCGCCCAGGAGUUCCUUUACGCCUCGGUGAUGGAGUACUUCCCCACCACGCGCUUCAGACACCCUGCCAGGUACUGGCCAGUGCUGGACACUGCGCUGCGGGUGGCGGCCUUCAGCAGGGGGGUGCGCGUGCGCCUACUGGUCAGCUGCUGGCUCAACACGGACCCCAGGAUGUUCCCCUUUCUGCGGUCCCUGCAGGCGCUCAGCAACCCUGCGGCCAACGUGUCCCUGGACGUGAAAGUCUUCAUCGUGCCCGUGGGGAACCACUCCAACAUCCCCUUCAGCAGGGUGAACCACAGCAAGUUCAUGGUCACGGAGAAGGCGGCCUACAUAGGCACGUCCAACUGGUCAGAAGAUUACUUCAGUAGCACCUCGGGUGUGGGCCUGGUGGUCAGCCAGAGGGCCCCCGGCACCCCGCCGCGAGUGAGCACCGUGCAGGAGCAGCUGCGGCAGCUCUUCGAGCGAGACUGGAACUCCCACUACGCCGUGGGCCUGGACGGACAGGCCCAGGGCCAGGACUGUGUUUGGCAGGGCUGA